CGAUCACCUGCUAAAUAGGAAUGAUAAAAAUGCUGCACUCGUUGAUGAUUCUGUUCACUGUCUCAGGUGUUCUCACUCAGGACAGUAGAUGGGGUGUGAAUUAUCCCAAUAAGUCGAUCUGUGCUGUGAGAGGAUUCAGUGUCUCCAUUGCCUGUAGUUAUUAUUAUCCAACAUCAAAUCCCAAGAGUCAGGUCACACAAAUGCUCUGGUGCUCAGUGAACUCAAACAAAGGAAAGUAUGAAUGCCCUCCAUAUGUUUAUAACAGCUCAUCAAACACCAAGUCAGACUUUGAGUAUGUUGGAGACGACAAAUCAAACUGCACUUUGUUAAUCCACAAUGUACAGUUCAGUUAUUCUGGAGUGUACAAAUUCAGAUUUAUAACUAAUUCGGCCAGUGUCAAGUACCCGGAUGUACUCCAGACAGAUGUACCCGGAGUGACUCUACAAGUUGCAGAUUUAAAGGUGUCACUAAUCAGGCUCAGUGGAAACGGAACCCUUAAACAAGGAGACUCGUUAAAUCUGACGUGUGAUGUGAACUGCACACACAGUUCCUCACAGUUUGUGUGGUCUAAGAACAACGAGCAGUUAAACACAUCAGGACCCGUUCUUCACUUUCCUGCUCUAACCGUGAGGGAUUCUGGGAAUUACACCUGCACUUGGAAAACCAAGGAGACGUCAGGAUCUAAAACCAUCAGCCUUCAGGUCUGUAAUUCCUUUUUAACAGGUGAAAAUCAACAGACAGUCUGGAUCAUUGUUUCUGUGACAGUCACAAUGAUUUUGAUUUUAGUGACUGGAGCUGUGAUGUACAACAGGAGGUUUCUGUGUAAGCGCAGGAGUGUCCGCACUGAGCAGCAGAAGGAGGACAGUUCUAAUAUCUACGCUAAUGUACAGCACAUAAAGGAUGACUUUGUUAUAUAUGCUAAUUUCCAGCAGCAGAUCGAUGAAACUGCUAUAUAUGCUAAUGUACCAUAACAACGAGCUGAGCACAGAUCCACACCUCAUUAUCUUCAAGCUGAAAAAACAACAACAUGCAUCAUACACAUUUACAGUGUGUUGUAUAUAAACAAGUUGUAAUAAUCUUGAGUGGAUCAAAAUGCAGAGAGAAAAGAAAAAGAGUGACUUAGAGUUUAGUGGAUGCCGUCAUGACCAGAGAGAAACUCGAGUCGAGAUACUACAGGCAGCAUUUGGAGAAAAUACAAGAAAGAGAAACAGAAAGUCUCGUGGUUGAAAGAGUAUUCAGGGUUUCGUAAAUAGUUACCCAUGUGAAAAACCUUACACUUUUUUUUAUAAAGUAAAUUCAUCCCUUCAUGCAUUUUGGGAUCUGAAUAGUGCAUGAUUAUACUAAAACCUACUUAUAUCAAAGUGUGUAUUGUAUUAAGGAAUUGUAUCAGAGCCCCCUUUAAAUGUGUAAUUUAAGCCUAACUAAAUAGGUGCAGUAAAUAGGUAAAAAACUAAAUAGAUAAAAACAAUAAAUAAACCUGAAUGAAUUCACUCCUGAGUACCCU